GGAGGGCUUUCACCGGACUACCGCUCAGCUGAGGAAAAAAAAAAGGAAAAAGGGGAAAACGAGCGACGUUUGGCGGAUGCGUCUCCGUCCGGCCGGAGGAGGAGGAGGAGGAGAUGAUCGCCAGAGAGGAGAAAAAGUCUCUUUGAUUCAAGUUGGGGAAACGGGAUUCCGCUGGUCGGAUGUUUACAUGCUGCUCUUAAAAUUGAUCCGGGAAACACUGAAAAAGUCGAAAAGGGCCGGCAAACACUCGGGCAGGCUGCCAGCAUGCUAUGAGAUCCUAACCCUGUCCUUGACGACGAAGAAGAAGAAGAUGGCUGCGGAACUGUACCCUGCCGCCAACGCCAACACCAACCUGACCGGCAGCGGCACGACGGUGACGGCCACCGACAAGGCGAAGGAUGCGCCGGUCAGCAAGUCCGCCGCCGCCGCCGCCGGCAGCCCGACCAGCCAGCAAAACAUCAACAACAACAACGUCGACCCGCCCAGCUGGCAGUGCAGCCACCCCACGUUACGGGAGAGGAAUGCCUUGAUGUUUAACAAUGAGCUGAUGGCUGAUAUCCACUUCAUUGUUGGCCCCUUGGGGGAAUCUCAGAGAGUUCCAGCACACAAGUAUGUGCUGGCCGUGGGAAGCUCCGUUUUCUGUGCCAUGUUUUAUGGCGAUCUGGCCGAGGCAGAUUCUGAGAUCCAUAUCCCAGAUGUGGAACCUGCUGCUUUUCUAAUUCUGCUUAAGUACAUGUACAGUGAUGAGAUAGACCUGGAGGCAGACACGGUGCUGGCCACCCUGUAUGCUGCUAAGAAGUAUAUUGUCCCUGCGCUGGCCAAGGCCUGUGUCAACUUCCUGGAGACCAGCCUGGAGGCCAAGAAUGCCUGUGUGCUGCUGUCCCAGAGCCGCCUAUUCGAAGAGCCGGAGCUUACGCAGCGCUGCUGGGAGGUGAUAGAUGCUCAGGCUGAGUUGGCACUAUGCUCCGAGGGCUUCUGCGAGAUCGACCAGCAGACACUGGAGAUCAUCUUACAGAGGGAGACCCUCAACACCAAGGAGGUGGUGGUCUUUGACGCUGUUAUGAACUGGGCCGUGUCAGAGUGCAAGAGGCAGGGCCUGGGCCCCACCACCCACAACAAGAGAGAGGUGCUGGGCAAAGUGCUGUACCUGGUGCGCAUCCCUACGAUGAGCCUGGAGGAGUUCGCUGACGGUGCAGCACAGUCAGACAUCCUCACGCUGGAGGAGACGCAUAAUGUGUUUCUGUGGUACACAGCGGCCAGCAAGCCCAAGCUGGACUUCCCGCUGACUCCACGGAAGGGCCUGCUGCCUCAGAGGUGCCACCGCUUCCAGUCCUCAGCCUAUCGGAGCAACCAGUGGCGGUACCGGGGCCGCUGUGACAGCAUUCAGUUUGCGGUGGACAAGAGGAUCUUUAUCGCCGGCUUGGGCCUGUAUGGGUCAAGCGGGGGCAAGGCCGAGUACAGUGUCAAAAUUGAACUCAAGAGGCAAGGGGUGACCCUGGCGCAGAACCUGACCAAGUUUGUGUCGGACGGGUCGAGCAGUACGUUUUCCGUGUGGUUUGAGCAUCCUGUUCAGGUGGAGCAGGAUGCUUUCUACACAGUCAGCGCUGUGCUGGAUGGGAAUGAGCUGAGCUAUUUUGGCCAGGAGGGCAUGACAGAGGUGCAGUGUGGUAAAGUGACAUUUCAAUUCCAGUGCUCCUCGGACAGCACUAACGGGACUGGGGUACAGGGGGGACAAAUCCCAGAGCUUGUGUUCUAUGCGUAAGCUGCACUACACUGGAUUGUUGAUGGGGGGGUGGGGGGUUGGUUUGUCCUCGCCUCGCAGCCUUCGAAAGUAAUGUAGCAUCAAAGACUGUAGAAUAACGUCACACUAAAUGGCCUGAUAGUUUUGAGAGACUAUUUUAAAAGUGAAGGAACAUUUGUUUUUAUCUUAUUUAAUUUAAGGUUAUUUUUUAAUUUAACUACGGGGUUAUGUUUAAUGUUAUUUGCUCUGACGCCUGUGUUAAGGGCUGUGGCUGCUGUAGAAACAACAUUAGUACAGCGCUUUGUGAUUAUGUAAUCAAGCUGAGCUCCACAACUGGAACAAGUAGGGACUGCUUCAAACUGUGUAAUGCAAGUUCAUACAAUGUUGUUACUAUAGUGUGAGCAGCAAAACUACACAAAAGAGCAAACUUUAUGUAUAGUGUUAUGAUUAACAAUGCAAAAAGUAGUACGUUGUGUUAAAAAACAAAAGUCGAUAUGCACUUCAGAGAGGACAGCCUCUGCAACGUUGUGUCUUUUGUAUAAUACUGUUUAACUGUUAACAGCUUGAUGCUGUUACAAUCCAGAUCUGUUCUGUAAAAGAAUGCUUAUGAACCUGACAAAAAAACAUAAAGGUUAUAAUGUGAUUGAGCCAGAGAUGUCACUUGCUCAUCAUUUUAGGGCCUGCGUGAGCUCGAAGGGGGAAAUGACUAUUUGAGGGAUAACAGCGCCCUCUAGCAACACAAGUGAGAACUACAGCUUUCACUAAAUUGAUACAUGAGCAGGACUGCUUGUAACAUCUAAUUAACGUACUAAAAUUGGACCCAAGCUACAAGAUUAUAGCUUUAUUUAACUGUAAUUAGGCCAAUUAUGCCCACGAAAGCUCGAGGACUGAAACGAAAAUGUCAGUUUUGCCUUCUAAAUCGGAAAAUUCAGUGGGCCUGUGUGGUCUAGUGGGAAAAUCGUGGCUCAUACAGUCAGGGAUAGCAGUUGCAUACCCACUGGGGCCUCCAGCACCAAAAAAAAAUAGAAAUAGCCAUUUUAAUAGAGGCACAAAGGCACCUAUCAGACAAUAUAGGAAACUUGGCUGCAUCAGCAACUUUCAGGAUUAAUUAUAGUGCAGUUUGUAUGGCAAAUCAAUCAAGACAAGAGAGGGUUAAAUGGGGUGAAGAGAUGGUUGGUACCUAUAGUUGGGGCAUUGAUGCAUAACUCUCUGGCCAGGACCAGGAAUGUUCUUCCCAAGACAUACACGUUCACCUAGGGGAGAAGAAAAGUGAUUAAAAACGUUGCAAUGAAUGGGGAUAAGUGAAGGAUAAGCGGUUGAGACUAGUGGCUGAUGCUGAUACAUUAAUUGUCUAUACUUUCUAGAUCUCAUUUUGGGCUGCGGUUUUCUGGAGCCGACGGCAGCAGACAAGAGGACAGGGAAACACCCUGAACAGUCCGUUACAAAGCUGAAACACACACAAUCAUUCACACACCUAUGGGCAAUUUAGUGUAUCAAAUUCACCUAACAUGCACGUGUUUGAGCUGUGGGAGGAAAACUGAGCGCUCAGAGGAAACCCCCAUGAACACGAGCAAGGAUCAAACCAGGACCCUUUUGCUUUGAGGCGACUGUGCCAACUACAAAGCCACGAUGCCACCCCAGUAGCUCUGUAAGAGGGAAAGAAACGCUACACAUUACCAGUUUAGUUUUCAUUUGAGUAAGCUUCAUGAACCCCAAUUCUCACCCAUACCCGUUACAGCACUAUUACACUAUUACAGCACUUGCAAACCACAGUAUUACACACAGUAUUACAGUAUUACUUGGAAAACAAGGCCAUCUUAUAAACUUAUGAAAACUUGGAUCUCUAUUUUUUGAGAUUAUGGUUUUCACUGAACUACAGAAUUCUGGUCAGGAUAUUGCUUAUGUGUGUGCAGUGUACAUAUACAUACACACACACAAUAUCCACAGCAUCAUGUUUGUGGCUGAGUACAUAUGUAUGUAUUUGACUGCGAGUGACAGGAAAUGGACUGAGUGCAUGAAAUGGGUUAAUUGCAUCACCGUCAGGUAAAAAUGUUCCACUUACAUAAUGGACUCAGAAGUCAGGAGAACAUCUCAAUCAGUGCAUGCGAUUAAAAGCAGAGCGCUCGUGCUAAUUUUUUUUUCAUUACGCCUUUUAGACUCAGCUUGAUUGGUCUGUCACUCUAACCCAUGUCAGCAAUUAUUAAAUGCUUUCAUGAGUAGCCCCGGUAACAAUCCUGCAUCCGCACAAACGCCCCAUCAUGCAGAGUUGGAACCAAAAUCAGUUUUAUUGGUUUAGCUGGCAUUUACAAUCCAUAUCAGCAUUUAAAUAAUUUUAAGUCAAUUUUUAUGAUUCUUGCACUGGUUUUCACACUAACCAUAUUAAGUGUAGGCCAUUGUUUCUCAUUAUAAAACCUGAAGCUAUCAACAUUAUACAGAAUGUGUGUAUUAUAAAACUCGUCAAGAAUGUGGCCUUGAGUCAGCUAUUUUUUUGUCUCGUUGCGAGCACUUUUGCUGUUAAGCUGCAUUACACACCCCUGUAGGACACUUGGAUGUUAGAGGAAAAGGGUUGGGUGUGAGGUUGGGAUUACCAACUGGCCAUUUCGAUUGACAGAUGUUGAAUUUCAUCAGGCUAACAACAAGAUUGGCAGUAAAUUUUAGCUGGCAGCUAAAAAGAAAUAAAUAUUGUCAGAUAAAACCAGGAGAUGUUAGGGAUCUAAAAAUAAAAAAUGAACCUGAUAAUAAAGUUUAGAUUGGGUCCUAUCCUUAGGGGCCAAGCCCCACUGGUAGAAGGGGUCAGAGUUAGAGGACCAGGUCAUGAUCCCAGGUCAGCUUUCGCCCAUUCCUACAGACCUCUGGGGCUUCGGAUCUCCUGCCUGGCAGACGGACAGACUCUCACUGUUGGCCCUGGGCAGUCAGGCCGCCUGCAGCCGCUCCCUGUUCUAUUCCUGGAACUGUUCUGAGUCGGAAUUCAUACACAGGGAGUAAAGAGGUGGUGGUUGGAAAGACAUGGAAUAGAAUAGGAUAGAACGGAAUGGAAUGGCUCUGUCAAUACAAAGAGGAGCUGGCUGGUUAUGACCGAAGUGAUCAUCCUGACUGUUUUUGCUAUGUGUAGUGGCAAAUAUUAGUCUUGAGGAUUUGAGGAACAAAAUUAUCGAGUUUGUACAAUCUACAUUAAUACAUCAACCAUUUGUCUAAACUAGAGAUGAUUUUUGAAAUGAACCUCGACCAAAUGCAAGGUUUGGUUCAAAUCCUGCCAUCCUUCCAUCCAUUUUCCAAGCCACUUAUCCUGAUCAGGGUCGUGGGAUGUUUGAGUCUAUCCCAGCAGUCAUAGGGCAGAAGGUGGGGAAACACCCUGGACAGUUCGCCAGUCCAUCUCAGGGCAGACAAUUAGGUAUUUAGUAUGGCUGAUUCACCUGACCUACAUGUAUUUGGACUGUGGGAGGAAACCAGAGCACCCAGAGGAAACCCACGCAGACACGGGGAGAACAUGCAAACUCCACACAGAGGACGACCCGGAACAACCCCCAAGGUUGGACUACCCCGGGGUUUGAAUCCCGGACCUUGUUGCUAUGAGGCGACCGCGCUAACCACUGCGUCACCGUGCCGCCCUCAAAGUCUGCCAAUGUUGGAUAAAAGUAGCUGCUGCAAGUGAUUAAAAGAAAUUGGAUAGUUGAGGGCAAUUGCAGUAGAUUGCAUUUCUCUCCUUCUAAUCAUUUAAAUUGAAAUGUUUUAUUAAUGCUGCGCCAUUGCAUCAUAAUCAUUACCUUCAUUGUGGAAACUAGAAAUGCAAUAUGUCUUUAUUGAUUUUACUCCCCUGCUUUGCAGUUCAACAGGGUUGUAAUGUAGACCCUGGAGGCCCUGCAGCCACUUUUAUACCACAGGGGCCAAGUGGGGCUUUGCAGGGGCCGAGGCUGAUUCAAAGUGUUUUGAGAUGAAAGGCAAUGUGGGGUUACUUGAUAUGGCUAGUCCAAGUCUCAACAGGUGGACAAAUUAAUUGGAUCUUAUUGGGGAAAACCACUCCACUUAACCAGCCCUGUAUUCUUAUUCCCAGGGCCCAAAACAGUUCAAACAAUAUUUGCAAACAUGAGCAGAUCGACCAAAGCCUGAAACCAGAGACGAGAGCCUCAAACCUGUGACCUCAUUAUGGAGUCCCACUACAAUGAAAUGAAUUGGGACAGACGUCAGAGGAUAAGUGGUCCUUGCUAAUCAAUACUCCUAUUCUCAGCAAUACUGUGAAAACUAUUUUCAAUGCGAGUUAUAUGAAUAUGAGACCAGUUAAACAGGUGAAAUAAAAGCAA